AUGGCCUUUACUACUUAUAUUUUUAAGGAAGAUCUCGAGAGACUCAAGAGAGAUGCCGAUCCUUUGAGAGCAACCGGUGGGAGUUUGUACGGCCAGUGGACCAGCACUGGAGACCCAGUCGUUCAUGUUGCAAUAAGCAAGAGUGGCAAGUAUAUGGACGGUGUUGAAACAUUCUUUUUCAAAAAUUACAGGCUGUGCCACAUCGGGGAAUGGCGUGUAGCAAACCCUGAUCAUCGUUCCAGAGAAGAACUUCUAUCUAAGUACAAAGGGUCCAGACCUGCAAAAAUAUUUGUCAUUCUUGAAGUGACUGCAGAAGCGGCCUAUCCUUUUCUUUUCGUCGACGGAAAGUCACACGGGGAAGAGAGAGUUGAAGCGCUUCAAGGAGAAAAUCUGUACAAUAAACUGGAACUGCUCGGCACGCCAACUCUGACUCGUAUUCGCCGGGAACCUCGGGGACACAACAUCGAUUGCCCGCGACUGGACGGGAGAUGCGAGGGAAUCCGGUUUAUGUCCGAUCAAACCAGCCACCUGUGUCACACUUUCAGCAGUACCCGGUACACACUCGACAACCACAGGUUCAAGUCGCUCACACGUCUUUGA